CAAAGGACAAGAGGAAGACAAACUUCAUGGAUUCAUCAAAGACAAGUGUCAAUGCUGCCACUAGUCCAAAGCAAAAGGGUGCCUUUGCUAAACGGGUUCAACGACAAUUCAGCAGAACCCAAGAGAAGGUCUUACAGAGGUUUGGCAAGAGUGAGGUGACCAAAGAUGAACAAUUUGAAUAUUACGUCCAAGAUCUAAACGAACAGCAGAGUGAUGGGAGUAGGAUAUACAAAGACCUUAAGGCGUAUCAUAAUGCUGUCAAAGUAAUGAGAGAGGCCUCCAAACGGCUCUCUCAUUCUCUCUAUGAUACUUAUGAAUCUGACUGGAAUGGACUUGAGGAUCUAGGGGCCAUUGUGGAGGGACAAGAUCUUUUAUGGAAUGACUAUGAGACAAAAAUCUUAGACCAAGCUGCGCGCACUAUGGAGUCUUACAUGACUCAGUUUCCAGAUGUCAAGGAGAGAGUGGCCAAACGCAACAGGAAGCUGGUAGACUACGAUUCUUCACGUCACCACCUGGAGGCGCUGGAGAGCGCCAAGAAGAGAGAUGACGUCAAGAUAGCUAAGGCGAAGGAAGAGUUGCAGACAGCCAAGAGUGUUUAUGAAGAUAUCAACAACGAACUUAAAGAGGAACUGCCUGUCCUUUUUGGGAGCCGUAUUGGAUGCUAUGUGUCGGUAUUUCAAGCCAUUUCCAACCUGAGUGAGGUCUUGUAUAAAGAACUGAACACGAUAAACCGUGAUUUUCAGGAUGUUCUCACUGAUCUGAAAGAUCAGCAUCCAGACAAAGUGUUUGUUAUCAACAACCUCCAACGCUCUGCCUCAAUGAAAAGGAGAUCACUGAUCUCACCAAGGGCAUGGAGGGCCAGCUUCUCAGAGUUCCAGUCUACCAUCAGUCCAAGAGGCUCCCUUCGAAGGAAGAAUCCAACCAGCCCUCUGAGGAGUGUGGCCAGACCCUCACUAGAGGGAUACAGCCCUGAGCCGGAGCUUCGGCCCACUCCAGCAGAGUCCAUCGCUGAAGUCCGAGAUGACGAGGUGAGCUCAACUCACUCCGAGCAGCCGCUGGCAGAGGCCUUAAACGGAGCAUCUGGUGCCAGGUGGAGUGAAAAGGUGGAAGAAGAGGAGAAGGGGGAGGAGGAAGAUGAGGAGGAAGAGGAGGAGGAGAAACCACAAGAGGAUGACAAACAAGGCAAGCAAGAGCUUACUGCGGAGUCUGCUGCUGCCGGAGCGGGCCCAAAGGCGGCCAACAGCAACUACCCUGAGGCAAAAGCAGCAGAGGAUCCACAGGUGAACAAGCCUGACAGCAGUGAGGCACCUGUCAGCAAUGUGGUGCUAGAGAAUGGAGAGGCAUCUGACAGACAAAAUGCUGGGGCCGAUGUCUCCUCCACACAUAGCAAAGGGGCAGCUGCCAAGGACUCUGGCCUUCACAGGGAGACAGUGAUGUGACACCCAAUACCGUAUAUAGAAAAGCAACAUUCCAUGGAGGGGUCAGAAGAUCGUAACAGAACCUUCCAUCAAGACAUGGGAUGGCUGGCAUGCAGCUCGCCCAGAUAAACACAGCCUUGUUUUUGUCUAACAAAAAUGAAAAGGGAACACAGCCACUGUUUUUAAAUUGAAUAUAGCUAUUGCCUGAUUCCCGAAUAAAUCUAUAUGUUGAAUAUAGAAUAGUCUAUAUGAGAAUAGUCUAUGUUAUUCAAUCUAUGUUAUGACUCAACAGUUCGGCCUAUAGAGGAAUCCACAAAUUAAAAAUGUUUUAGCCAAUGUGCAAUCACCGAAAGUCAUAAACUGUAACAUCUUCUUUUUAAGCCUGUUUAGAAAAGUGCGACAUUCAGAAAAUCUCUGAGCAAAAAAAACAAGUUUUAUGUGUCUUUUUAGGGAGAAGGUUCUACAUUGCAAUUGUCCUGUAAUAAUAGGGCCUAAAUCAGAUGUAAUGUGUUCUUCGAUGGCUUAAACGUAAAUAAAUGAUCAAAAACACGUGUUGUGCCUCACUCUGGCUUUAUAUUUUCGAGGUCCUGCUGAGACUCCACGUUGUGAUCUCACCCCUUUCUGUGGCUUGUCAGGAGCAACCCGCCUAACAAGGUGGUAUCCUGUCGACUGCUUUCAACUCCUGGCUUUGUGAAUUAGCGCCAUUGUUUAAUUUGUAGGGCGAGAGCGCUAAAGGAAAAGGCACACGCUAACGCGGCGACCCGGGAGUUCCUGGAGUUUGCGUGGUUCCUUAUUUUCUUCGAGCUGUUCCUGUUAGGAUAAGAUAUCAUUCGCAGGAUUGCUGCUCUUUCUGAAUCUGAACGUUUACUGUUGCGUAAAUCACAAUCAAAGGGCAAUCCAUUAUGGCAAGCAUUGCACCCAUGAACGCAACAUCUGUGAAACCAGUGACGGAACCUCCAACCCAGCCAGAUUCUGCGGUCAUCGGGGUUGUUGUGGUGUUGGUGCUGCUGACUCUGGCCGCAGGCGCCUUCCUGCUCUACCGAUACCUGUGCCACAACAAGGGUGCCUACAGGACGACAGGUGAGCCUGCACCUGGAGAGGAUCCCGACCAGGUGUACAACGACACCGUCGUACCCAUAAAGAAGGAAUACUUCAUCUGAGGUUCCAACCCUGGACAAAAUGUGCCCACUCACUCACAACAGGAAAGGGAGAUGACUGUGGAGAGCUGGAUAAAUAUGUUAUGUGGUUGAAGGAAGAAUAGAAGGGGGGGGGGGGGGUGUUCUGGGGGGAUUUAUGGAAGAUCUAGCUGAAUUCACAUUGUGCCUGUUUGAUCUAUGCAGAUUGUCAUUUGGUGCUCUAACAAGAGGUUGGGUCAUGGAGUUAUUGAUGAAGCUACAGGGAAUGGUAGAAUAGCGGGCAAAAGCAGUGCUGCUUCGAGGGUGCCAAAGGAAAACGUGUCGCUAUUCAGGAAACUUCAUGGCUCACAGUUUGCACUCCAGACUUUUACAUUUUGAUCUGUUUGUAUAAAAACAAAUGGUGUUCCACUUAUUUUUGUAUGUUUUAAUGAAGAAUGAUUUUUAACUCCUACCUGAGAAGAAGAAGAAAAAAUAUACCAGGGUUUUUUUUUUAUUUGUUUUCUAUAGAAAGUACAGAUGUAUGCUUAAACUCUUGGAGUCAAUAUUUAUUAGUUGUGGAAUUUUCUUUCAUUGAUGGAUUGUUAAAUGAUCAGCUUUACACAAAGCAUGUCAGUAUUUUAGAAUCGGCUCCACUCCAAUGGCCAUUAUGAAAGCAUAUUACUAAACCAGUCGGUUUAGAUGACAUUGGCAGUCUGAAAAUGGUAUUUCUAUUGUACACUAACACUACAGACAGGAAAGACCUUUAAAUUGAAUGGAACAAAAACCUAAGAUGACAUUUAUAAAUGGAUAAUCUCAUAUGCAGUGAGUGCAGAAAUGUACAUGUAAAGUUAGUUUUUUUUCCUUCUGCCUUGUAUAUUCAUUUACAUUUGUCUGUUUUGUUGAUGUUAACACUUAUGUAAGACUUCUGCAACAGUAAAUAUGAAGUUCACUCAGA